CAUAGAGCUCCAUGACUCCCCCCAUCCCCCGGCCUAGGAGUCAGACCUGCUGCUAGCCGUUUCUGGGUAAGGACUACUAGUUUUACUACUAGUUUUACUGACCGGCCAGCAGUGUCCCUGGGUGCUGAGCCAGGUGACCCGGUGCCUUAAAUUCCACCACCCGAACUUUGAAAACUACUGCUCUAGAGGAUAUUGGUAUCCACUCCCAGGGCGAUGCUCUCAUACUUUGCUGGUUAAACCAGAGCAACUAUGCCUUUCCCCUUCUACCACUCCUGCCACAAGUACUCCACAAGAUCCGGCAGGAGUGAGCCAUAGUCAUUCCGAUUGCCCCAUUCUGGCCAAGACAGUUCUGGUUUCCCAACCUACUCUGCAUGUUAGCCUGUCCCCCACUUCCUAUCCCCACUUUCCCCAAGCUGCUAACACAAUAGCACAGACAUCUUGAUCUGUAGAUGCUUCACCUCAGUGUGUAGUAUUUGGAUGGGCAUCUUCACUAGAAUGUGAAUGUUUAUCUGAAGUGCAAAACAUCCUCUUGAGCAGCAGAAAAGAGUCCUCUGGGUGUUCCUACUGGGCCAAGUGGAAAUGCUUUGCCUCCUGGACCCAACAGAAACGGCUUUCCACAGAGCAAGUGGAGAUUCCUUUUCUUUUGGAUUACCUCCUGUUCUUGAAGACGUGAGGGCUCACCCUCAACUUUCUCACGGUCUACAUAGCGGUAGUCAGUGCCUUCCAUCCCCCUGUGGAAGGACACUCUGUAUUUACACAUCCAUUGACUACUAGGUUUUGGAAAGGUCUCCUCAGAACUUUCCUACCCAGUGGGACCUCAGCUUCAUUCUUGUGGCACUAAUGAAACAGCCCAUGAUGGCAGACCCUCCCUUUCACCACUUUCCAUAAGGACAAAGUCUCUCUGUGGCUACAUGCUAAAUUUCUACGAAAGGUCAUAUCCAGUUUCAUCUCAACCAACUCAUACUCUUUACCUGCAUUCUUUCCAAAGCCCCUCACGUCGCAGAGGAACGAUGACUUUGAUCCCUUGACGCCUGCCAGGCCUUGGCCUUCUACCUGCAGAGAAGACCUAUCAGGAGGUCUGCUAGAUUGUUCAUCACAAUAGCUGAGAGUGUUAAGGGACAAGCAGUCUCCACAUAAAGAAUCUCCAAGUGGAUCUUUGAGUGCAUUACAAUCUAUCAGUUGUUUUGGCUGUCUCCACCCCUUGGAGUGAAAGCCUAUUGCACGUGGGCCCAGGCGUGAAUUAUAGCCACCCUCCAUGAUGAACCCACUUUGAGAGACACAUAAGGUGGCCACGUUGAGUUGAGUACAUAUCUUCGCUGCAUAUUUCGCCUUGGUGCAGAACUCUGCAAUGAAUGCUUCAUUCGCUGUGGCUGUCCUCCACACAACCAUUCCAUCCUCGUCCUUGCACCAUCUUCCGAAUUAGGUUAACACUUUUAAAGAGGAGUAGAAAAGAACAAAAUGGCAGCGGAAACUCAGACACUUAACUUUGGGCCUGAAUGGCUGCGAGCUCUAUCCAGUGGUGGGAGCGUGACUUCGCCUCCCCUUUCUCCCGCUUUGCCAAAGUACAAACUAGCAGAUUAUCGCUAUGGGAGAGAAGAAAUGUUAGCACUUUUCCUAAAGGAUAAUAAGAUACCUUCAGACCUCCUGGAUAAGGAGUUUCAGCCUAUUUUACAGGAGGAGCCCCUGCCACCACUGGCACUUGUGCCUUUUACAGAAGAAGAACAGAGAAAUUUCUCCAUGUCUGUAAACAGUGCUGCUGUCCUGCGGUUGACGGGACGAGGAGGAGGAACGGUGGUAGGGGCUCCUCGAGGUCGAAGUUCCUCUAGAGGUCGAGGCAGAGGCCGAGGAGAGAGUAGCUUCUUCCAAAGAAGUUUUGACGAAGUGGAGGGUGGAUUUGGGCGAGGAGGAGGCAGGGAAAUGCACAGAUCUCAGAGCUGGGAGGAAAGGGGAGACAGGCGGUUUGAAAAACCAGGGCGAAAAGAUCCAGUGAGACCAAAUUUUGAGGAAGGUGGGACAACAACAACAGGGAGGAAACACGAAUUUAUUCGCUCUGAGAGCGAGAACUGGCGCAUCUUCAGGGAGGAGCAAAAUGGGGAAGAUGAUGAUGGAGGCUGGAGACUGGCUGGGCCACGGAGGGAUGGUGAGAGGUGGCGUCCUCAUAGUCCAGACGGUCCUCGUUCUGCAGGCUGGCGAGAACCUAUGGAGAGACGGCGAAGGUUUGAAUUUGAUUUCCGAGACCGGGAUGAUGAGCGGGGUUACCGACGAGUGCGGUGCGGCAGUGGCAGUAUGGAAGAUGACAGGGGUAGUCUUCCUGAAUGGUGCUUGGAAGAUGCAGAAGAAGAAGUGGGAACAUUUGACUCAUCUGGGGCUUUUCUCUCAUUAAAGAAGGUUCAGAAGGAGUCAAUCCCUGAGGAACAGGAAAUGGAUUUCCGACCUGUGGAAGAAGGUGAGGAGCCUUCUGACUCUGAAGGGGGUCAUGGUGAAGAAGCCAAAGAGCUUGAAAAGACAACCAAGAGGGAGGGGGAUAAAAGAGAUACAAUAACUGCAGAGGCAGCAGAAGAAGCAGUCAGAACAUCUUCGCCAUCUAUCCGGUCAGGUACUCCACCAAAACUCCAGCCACAAGACCCACUACAGGCCAGUCUAUUUGAGCGGAAGGAAGAGUGUGUCCCAGAACGAACAGAAAAAAUGGAAGAUAAAGAGAAUCAAACAGCGAACACUCCGCCAUCCAAAGUGCCCAGUAGAGGAGAAGAUCUGACUCCUGCUGUUCAACCUUUGCCACAGAUCUCUCCAGCUACAGUUUCUCCUGUUCAUCUUUCUCCUCCUCUUUCCAAUACAAAUCCUGCUCUAAAGCCACUUCAGACAUCAGUCUCAGCUGCUCCAGGCAUGGGCAACAUUCCUGCUGAUCCAGAUGAUGAAGAGGGUCUCAAACACUUAGAGCAGCAGGCAGAGAAGAUGGUGGCAUAUCUGCAGGACAGUGCAUUGGAUGAUGAGAGACUAGCAGCAAAACUUCAAGAGCACAGAGCAAAGGGUUCCUCCAUGCCAUUACUCCAUGAAGCCAUGCAGAAGUGGUACUACAAGGAUCCUCAAGGAGAAAUUCAGGGUCCCUUCAGUAACCAGGAGAUGGCAGAGUGGUUCCAGGCUGGGUAUUUCACUAUGUCCCUGUUAGUAAAGAGAGUAUGCGAUGAGAAUUUCCAGCCACUUGGAGACAUCAUGAAAAUGUGGGGCAGGGUUCCUUUCACUCCAGGUCCAGCACCACCUCCACAUCUGGGCGAGAUGGACCAGGAGCGACUAACUAGACAACAAGAACUUACGGCACUGUACCAAAUGCAGCACCUCCAGUACCAGCAGAUUUUGAUACAACAACAGUAUGCACAGGUGUUGGCACAGCAGCAAAAAGCAGCCCUCUCAUCCCAGCAGCAGCAGCAACUGGCUCUCCCCUUACAGCAGUUCCAGGCCCUGAAGAUGAGAAUAUCUGAACAGAACCUGAUUCCAUCUGUAACAAGGCCUGUGUCAGUACCAGAGGCUAGCUCAGUUUGGGAGCUUCAGUCAACAGCAUCACAGCCCACAGUCUGGGAAGAAAGCAGUGUCUGGGAUCAUCCCAUUGAUGCUGCAGCUCAGGGACCUGCUCAAGAACAACUUCAGCAGCUCGAGAAGGCCAAAGCUGCAAAGCUAGAGCAGGAAAGGAGAGAAAUGGAAAUGAGGGCCAAACGAGAAGAGGAAGAGAGAAAAAGACAGGAGGAACUUCGAAGACAACAGGAGGAGCUACUUAGGAGGCAACAAGAGGAAGAGAGGAAACGCCGAGAAGAGGAGGAGCUGGCGCGAAGAAAGCAGGUGAGGUUUUUCAACACAGUUUAAAACUAACUCUGUGUA